GUUUCAUAAAGCGGGGCGUGUAGGCAGCUGCAUCGAGAAAUGACACGCACACGCUCCACACAGAGCCCAUAACUUCCAGUAGGGCAGGCAGUCUGUAAAAAGAGGGAGGAAGAGCGAGGGGUGUGUGUUUGUGUAUGUGUGUGUUUUAUUGCCCCUGUCCACCACCUCCCCUGCAGCCGGCGGACGGAUACAUGGGGACUACUUUAAAGCGGCCGGUCCUUUCCUUCCAUUUUCUCGGUGUCUCCGAGCGGACUCGGCGGCUUUUUCCGGGUUCGCCUUUAAACCCGGCUCCCAGCAGCAGUACAUACACACACAGACACAGAGAGAGAGAGGGGGGAAGAGAGAGAGAGAGCACGAACAACUAUAUAUAUAUAUAUAUAUAUACACACACACAGUGAGUGAGUGAGAGAGAGGCCGAGUACAGCCACACAGCCUUGGCCUGGCCCGAAACCUGACCUGACCUGACCCAGCACCCAGUCCGCUCCACUGCUGUCCGGCCCGGCCAACAACAACAACAACAACACCUCUAACCGCCCGGCGCUCCUAACAUGGCUCUCAAAAGAAUCCACAAGGAAUUGAAUGAUUUGGCUCGUGAUCCACCAGCACAGUGUUCAGCAGGUCCAGUUGGUGAUGACAUGUUCCACUGGCAAGCCACAAUAAUGGGACCGAAUGACAGUCCUUAUCAGGGUGGUGUAUUUUUCUUGACCAUUCACUUCCCCACAGAUUACCCCUUUAAACCACCUAAGGUUGCAUUUACAACAAGAAUUUAUCAUCCAAAUAUUAACAGUAAUGGCAGCAUCUGUCUUGAUAUUCUACGGUCGCAAUGGUCCCCGGCAUUAACUAUUUCAAAAGUUCUUUUGUCUAUCUGUUCACUGUUAUGUGAUCCAAAUCCAGAUGAUCCCCUAGUGCCUGAGAUUGCACGUAUCUACAAAACAGAUAGAGAAAAGUACAACAGAAUAGCUCGGGAAUGGACUCAGAAGUAUGCAAUGUGAUUACAUUAAAAUGUUGAUGAACGAACCUCUUAUACAGCUGGGGGAACUUGCAAAACAAAUUUCUUUGGUUUCCAUUUGACUGCUUUCUUUGAGCCCACGCCUCUUCCCCUGUGCACAUGUUCACCUGAUCCAGCAGUGCUGCGUUGUUUUGUGUACAUAUUUGGAACAGCUGAUAGAAAUGCCCCUUUUCUCAAUUGUUUGAAAUUCUGACUACUUACAAAGCAAGUGUUAAUGUCCAGUUCUUCGAUCAUAACAUUUGUGAGACUAAAAGCAUUCCUAGUCAUUGUAACAAGAUUGUUUAAAAAAUUUCAGGGUUUAAGUGCUUCCGGGGGCGGGAACUCUUCCUUUUAUAAGAUGUAUGUUGGAAUUCUUUUAAACUCAUAAUGGUUAUGAAUAAUAGAAUGAAGAACUUUAAUUUGUUUAAUGUUUUGCAAUUUUUAUGCUAAGAAUGCAAAUCUACAUUCUAGUUAAACGUUGGAAUGGAAAGUUGAAAGCAUACUUGUGUCCUAUAAAAUUGAACAGCCAUUUGAAUCAUCUCCCAUAACAGUUAAAUGGAUUGGAGCUAUUAGUUAACCAGUCAUUCAGUUUUCAAUACCUUUUUGGGUUUAUAUUUGGCUUAUAGUGAAUGAGUAGCUAAUAGCUCUAAUUUUCUUUUUGUUUUUGUUAACUAAUCUUAGAAGCCUCAUCUGGAUGUAAGGGUAAAAAUUCAUGACAGAACUUGUGUAUAUUUAAUGACCCAAAGGCUCUCCUGGAGCUUGUAUGUUCAAAAUGAUUAAUCUGUGUAAUAAACUGAUUACUAAAGUCA